AGCCUGAGCACAGCCAGCCCUGAGCCCUGGGUGACAACCUGGGCUCUCACAACCGACUGGCAGAAACCGACAGCGCCAGGGCUGGGCACUGAGGCAGUUUUGUUUUGUUCUAUUUUUACUUUUUUCUCUUCUGGGGCAGCCCCCCUCCCCCUUCCUUCUGAAUUGUUUCCUCAGCUCAAUCUGAGUCUCAAAGCCUGCUUGCCUUGAGCAGCUGGGAUGACUCUGGACUGCAGGAACAGGCGAGGAGCAUGACUUGGUGGGGCUGUGGAAGGGUCUCAGCCUCCAGAAGGGACAGCCCACCUGUGUCACCUGCAGUGCUGGCAGCCAGGGACAUCUAACACCCCCUCAGAUGGCUGCCUGCAGCCUUCCUCUGGGACUGUGGCUGCUGCUGCUGCUCCAGGACAGCCAGACAUCCCCACAGACAUCAUUAACUCCAUCUCAUUCCUGUGACACACGCGAGAAUUGGUUCUAUGAUGAAACAUCACAAAACUGCUGUUACCAGUGCCCCUCAGGCUAUGUUGAAAAGAAAGCAUGUCCUCAGGAUCCAGCAGACUGCCUGACAUGUGGACCUGAUCAAUAUCUGAACAAUGAAUCCAAAAAGCCACAAUGUGACGCCUGUGUGUCAUGCUCAAAAGACCUGGUGGAGAAGCAGCCGUGCUCCCUCAGCUCCAGCCGUGUGUGCGAGUGCCGGCCCGGCCUGUUCUGCCAGGUGUCCGUGAAGUACAGCUGCUCCCGCUGCCAGCAGCACUCUGCCUGCAAACCUGGCUUUGGGGUCAAAAUCAGGGGCACCGCAACAAAUGAUGUGACUUGUGAAAAGUGCCCUCCUGGGACCUUCUCUGAUCAAAGCUCCAGCACUGACACCUGCAAACCCCACACCAACUGUGCCAAGUUGAACAAAGUCACCCUAAGGAAAGGAAAUGCCACCCACGACCAAGUUUGCCUGGAGCAGCUGCCCACUUACCUCACCCCAAGCACUUUGUCCGUGAGAUUCAGCAACGAAACAAAGAACUUUGACCUGAGAAUAUUAAAGGAGAACCUGGUAACCUCAGCUAGUGGUGACCUUCUAAGUGUCACAACAACUGAAAAUCCCAGCUCAACUCCUCAGGAGAAAGCUCAGGCUCCCACCUCAGCCAAGGGGGAGAUGACAACAGGAGGUGUGGUGCUGUGGGCAGUGGUUUUCUCCCUGGCAGUGCUGCUUGGGGCCAUGCUGGUGUUUUGGAAGUGGAAGGUUUGCAAGAAGAGGAUCCUGGUCCUCAGGAGAAAGCCACACCUGCACUCGGUCAUCGCACACAAAUACGUGCUCAAGCCUCCAGGUUCAGAUCUCGUGAACAAAUGUGCAAAGAUCAUUCUGACCACUGAGAGUGGGCUGGAAGAGGAGGAGUUAAUUGAGAGAACCGUUCCUUUGGAAACCAACAAUAACUUGGUGUCCAGCCCAGAAAAAGCCCAGAGUCCUCCCUGGAGUGUGGCUGAGGUGGGACCAAGCACUGGCACUGCCCCAGAGUGCCCUGUGGAUCCUCGAGUCAGAGACCACACAAAUAACAGAAUUGAAAAACUCUACAUCAUGAAGGCCGACACUGUUAUCGUGGGGUCUGUCUCAGAGGUGCCCAGUGGCAAGAACUGUGCUGUCAAAGGAUGUGAAAGUGCCCUUGAUGCCCAGGAAAACACAGAAGAGGAGCUGGAAAUGCACUACCCAGAGCAGGAAACAGAGUCUUUUCCAGGGAAUGAGGUCAUGGUGCCUGUGGAAGAGGAGGGAAAGGAAUUUCACCACCCCACCACUGCCACUGAGAAGUGACAGCCCACAGAGAGGGUGUGGGGAGACACAGAAUCAUCCAGGGUGACACUAAGGCUGGAUUUGUGACAAGGGGGGUACACACAGUGUGCCUUGGAUUAUUGGGAAACUCCUGGAAAACACUGAAACACAUUCAAACAAGGAGUUGGAACCUAUUUCAUCUCACAAAGGAGAGGAUCAUCCAAACUGCUGGCCCUCAUAGCUGGCAUCAAAUACUCCCAUUUCCCCAUCUCCAGUAUCAUACUGACAACAAAUUUGAAUCAAAGCUGCCGAAUUUAGAGGACAUCUGGAUGUCAGCUGAAGUUUCACAGCUUGCUUUCUCAGUGUGAAGGAACGGAUUGAAAUCCAUGUCUGGUUACUGCUAUUAGCUGUGAAAAUUCUGGCCAGGAUUCUGAGUCAAGCUUGAGACUCAGCCACGUUGUCUCUACUCCAAUACAUUCAGUUUUGUAAUAUAUUUUGCAACCUCUGGCAUUUACUCAAGGCUUCAACUUUUGAUUGAAAAUGAUAAUAAUCUCGGUUUUCCCUAGCAUAAACAUAACUCUCAAGUUUGUGGAUUUCAUGUUUCUUGAGGAAUUAGGACCAAAAGGUGCCACACAGGCUAUGAAAACAGAAGGCAAACAAAACAGUUGACAUCCACUGUACUUUAGGCUAUUCUUUCUAGGUUUUGAAGUCAAAUUCUUAUUUUUUUGCCCACAUCAAAUCAUUAGUAAGUGUACAAAACAGCCUCUUCUGAUGGAAGCCAAACUGGCUGAGCAUCUGGCAAUUGGAUGAACUAUGGGUUAAGCCCAAUGUGGAGCCUGUAAAAAGAGAAAUGAAGAAAAGAAACCAUUUUUCUACUGAAAAAAGAGGCACAGCAGUUAUUUCCUAGAACAUUGGUAAAAUCUACUUGUUUUAGAAUUGUUCCUAACCAUCAGGGUGACACUGAUUUGCAUAUCCUUUAAAAACAAACCUCUUUGGUGGCCAACUGGCCUGUGUUCUGCUAUUUUUAAAUCUUCAGUGCUGCUUGUUCAGUAACUGUAAAUGUAAUAGUGCUGACUACCCUUCUGCACAGGCCAAUGGAAAAUGAGCAAUAUGACAAAGUGUGUCUUAAUAAUCAAAAAAGGGAACCACAAAACCCAUUGCUUGCUCAGUGACUUCUGUCUCAGAGUGAGCACAAGGGCACAAAAUCACCUUCUUGGGCCAGACUGCAGCUUGAGCCCAACAUUUCAGCUCUGACAGCUGCAGGAAGGGAUUGGAUUAGUUAGGAACACCAUAGCUGCUGUUUGCAUUCCUCAUGGUGCUGCAGGUGCAGCUGGCAUUGGGUUGAGGAUGUCAAAGAGUUUGAUUUAUUAUUCUCUUAGAUCACCAUUAGUUUUUCUUCUCUCUUUUGUAUUUCCAAGUACAAUCUGCCUCCAUAAGCAGAUUCCUGUGGCAAAAGAUUACAGCUAUCAUGCACUGUGUAAAGGAUUUUAGCACUUUGGAACUGGCCUCUUUAUUUCAGUGAAUGUCACUAGCUGUUGCCUUAUAGAAGUCAGUGAGUUGCUUUUUGUAUUUUUUUUUUCAACCAAGUUGCUUUAGUGAUUGAUUGUAUCUCAGCUUUGAUUGAACUAAACCUCCAGGUUGAGUCCCACCUUUUCUUUUUACUCAUGUAAGUUUGAGGCUCCACUUGGUUACUUUAGUUGACCUUUUCCACAUCUACUUUAACUUCACUACACACUUCAUUUUACAGAACACCAGUUUGUGAAUCCACAAACUGAAUAACCACAUUUACCUGGCUGUGAUUGUUUGGGGCUGUUCUGCAAUGACUGUAAUUGUGUAUUUCCACUCUGUAUAUUAAUUAAUCUUUUUCACUAGAACAGCUUUCUAAAGGAACAAUAUGCCUUGCAACCUGCUGGAUGUGCUAUAAUUAGUUGGUUUAAUAAUGCUGGUAAUCUCUGAAUUAAAAAUUUCAUGGAUUUUAAGCCAUGGCGACGCUUUUCCUGUUUGAUAUGCAAAUGUUAAAUUGUUGAUAAUUUCA